GGUGGAUUGAUAGGGCAAUUACUUAAUAAAGAGGUCAAUUGGCUAUUAGAUGCAAAAUGUAUUUUGCUUCCAUACUUGUUGGUUUGACAUAUUAUCUUUCUAUAUGUCUUGCUGUUAAAGAAUACUUAUUCAAGACUUGCGAAAACUCGGGGUUUUGUAAAAGAAAUCGGGAAUUGGGUCGAAAUAUAGUGAAGGAUCAAUACAAUUUUGAGUCGCCUUACCAGAUUGAUGCAUCAAGUAUUAGGAUUGAUGAAGCUGGGGGUACGGUUGAUUUUGAUGCAAAUAUAAUAAAGGUAUUACCAGAUGAGUCUACCAGGAAUUUCCCAUUGAAGUUAUCUCUAAUUGAAGGGAAUAUUUUGAGGUUCAAAGUUGAUGAGGAAGGAAGAGACGGAAGUUUAGAAGGAGUUCGGUCAAAGUAUGUUAAUCAUAGAAGGUAUAACGAGACAUCCAAAUGGGCAUUUGCUAAAACUGCUUUGAAUAAGGAAUUGAUUGGUAAUGUUGAGUAUAUUUUGAAUGAAUCACAAUUGAUAAUCAAGUAUGGUGAUGCAAGACAAUACAAGGCAGUAUUGGACUUCAAGCCGAUUAAAUUGGCGGUUUUGUAUCAAGAUGAAGAACAAUUGGUGGUCAAUGAUAAACAGUUUUUCAAUAUUGAACAUUAUAGAAAUAUUAAUGACGAUAAGUCAAAGCAUUUAAGCAAAUACGAAAUUGAUUAUAACAUGUUCAAAGAUGACUUCACUGAUUCUAAAAAUGAUCAAUUCCCAUUGGGACCAGAAUCAAUUGGUUUGGAUUUCAAUUUUAAACAAUUUAAACAUGUAUACGGUAUUCCAGAACACGCUGAUUCGUUAAGUUUGGUCGAUACCACCAAUUCCGCUUUACCAUACCGGUUAUAUAACGUUGAUAUUUUCGAAUAUGAAACUCAUAGCCGUAUGCCAUUAUAUGGAUCAAUUCCUUUUCUUACCGCGACUAAACCUCGAGUGUCAAUCGGGGUAUAUUGGAUCAACAGUGCUGAUACUUUUAUUGAUAUCAAUAAGCAAAAUCCAAAAGAAAUAUCAACCCACUGGAUUUCAGAAAAUGGUAUUAUUGAUUUCAUGAUCAUGAUUGGUGAAAAACCAAAUGAUUUGAAUAAACAAUAUGGUUCAGUUUCUGGAUAUGCCACCUUGCCUCAAUUAUUUUCUUUGGGGUAUCAUCAAUGUCGUUGGAACUAUAAUGAUGAGAAAGAUGUACUCGAUAUCAAUUCUAAAUUUGAUCAAUUUCAAAUUCCUUAUGAUACUAUCUGGCUUGAUAUUGAAUACGCUGAUAAAAAACGUUACUUUACUUGGCAACCAGAAAACUUCCCUGAUCCAGCUAGAAUGUUGAAUAGUUUAGACCACACUGGUCGUAACUUGGUCAUAAUUAUUGAUCCUCAUAUUAAGACUGGUUAUUUUGUAAGUGAUGAGUUAAUUAGUAAAAAAAUCACAAUUAAUGAACCAAAUAAAAAUCAAACCUAUCAUGGACAUUGCUGGCCUGGUGAAUCGGUUUGGAUUGAUUCAAUGAAUCCAAAUUCUCAAAGUUAUUGGGAUGAUAAACAUAGAUUAUCAAAAUCAAAUAAAUUUUUUGGUGAAUUAUCAACUAAUAUUCACUUAUGGAAUGACAUGAAUGAACCUUCUGUUUUCGAUGGUCCAGAAACCUCUUCUCCUAAAGAUAAUUUGCAUUAUGGUAAUUGGGAACAUCGCUCGAUCCAUAAUUCAUUUGGUUUAAGUUUCCAUGAAUCAACUUAUGAUUCUUUAAUUAAGAGAUUGAGUGGAACAUCAAGACAAAGACCAUUUAUUUUAACCAGAUCAUACUUUACUGGAUCUCAACGUACUGCUGCCAUGUGGACUGGUGAUAACAUGUCUAAAUGGGAAUAUUUAAAAAUUCUGAUUCCAAUGGUUUUAACAUCAAAUAUAGCUGGAAUGCCAUUUGCAGGUGCUGAUGUUGGUGGAUUUUUCGGUAAUCCACUGAAAGAGUUAUUAACCAGAUGGUAUCAAGUUGGGAUCUGGUAUCCAUUUUUCAGAGCUCAUGCCCAUAUUGAUUCUCGUAGACGUGAACCAUGGGUAGCAGGAGGUGAAUACACUGAUCAUAUGAGAGAAGCCAUUCAAUUAAGAUAUUCCUUAUUAUCCGUUUUCUAUACUGAAUUCCAAAGACAUAGUAUUUCCGGAAAUCCAGUUAUUAAACCUAUGUAUUAUGAAAAUCCUGAAAAUGAACAAGUUUAUUCUAUUGAGGAUCAAUUUUAUUUGGGAGAUUCGGGACUUUUAAUUAAACCGGUUACCGAUGAAGGAGUUGAUGAAGUGACGGUUUACAUACCCGAUGAUGAAAUAUAUUAUAAAUUUUUCAACGGUAAACCUAGUCAGGAAACCGUUCAAUUGAAAAAACCGGCUGAAACCCAAUUUGAUGUUGAAUUAAAGGAUAUUCCAAUGUUAUUUAAAGGAGGUUCAAUCAUCGCUACUAAAGAUAGAUAUCGUCGUUCAUCUAAAUUGAUGUAUCGCGAUCCAUACACAUUAUACAUUGCUCCUAAUAAAGAAGGGAAAGCACAAGGACAAUUAUAUAUUGAUGAUGGAGAAUCAUUUGGCUAUGAAUCAGGAGAGUUUGUUGCUGUUAAUUUCAACUUUGAUUUGAAACAAGGAUUGAAAGCCAGAGUAAACACUGGUAGUAAGAGGUACCAAGAUAGCAUUGAAGAUGUAAUGAUUGAAAAAAUCGUCAUUUUAGGAGGAAGUGUUGCACAAGGAGAGAUUAAACAAGGUACCACAAUUAAAUCAAUUCAAGUUGAAAAACAGGGCAAGAAUGUUAUUAUUAAGAAACCAGAAUUACAAAUCAAUAAUGACUGGGAAAUCAUCUGGGACAAGACGAUAAGACAUGACGAAUUAUAAGUAAAUUUCUAAUUUGAUUGAGACA